CUGUUCUUUGCCCUGGAUUUCGACCUGAAUUAUCCCUCCGCCCUCCGGCUCCCGUCUCUGCUUCUGUUUUUGCGGGGUGCAGUGACAAACUGGGGUCCCUUCACCCCCAGCCCGGGCACAACCGGUUUGAUCAGAUCUCUAUUCCAUCUAGGCUGGAUCAGUUCAGUGACUAUGGUUCACUCAUCUGUUCUAUAUCACAACGAUAAUCGAACAGUGUUCCUGCUGGAUCUGCCUCGUUCAAUCGAGGAAGCUCAGCUUCUCCCAAGAGAGCUUGAUGAUGGCGCGCUUACUCCGCUGAAGCUACGGACCCUGAUUUCGGCAGAACCUCCGUCCUCCCCGUUUCCGACUCCGGAGCCCAAGUCGAAAUCGCAAUCAUCCCCGGCCAGCGCUGCUCCAUCUGCUUCCGAUCACAUAGCGAAACUGAUGGCCCGUUCCGCUGCCGAGUCGGCCUUGGAAGACAUUCAGCAUUCCUAUCACGGAGAAUGGUGUUUACCGCGUCAAUGUCUGCCAAGGAUAAAUCGCCUAACGACGGCAGUCAACCGGAACGGGAAGCGGGGUCCUGACGGAGAGGUUUUUAACGUCUCAGACAAUGCCAAAAGCUUUGACGAUGCCUCUGGUGAGGCGCCGCCAGACCUCUCCCAUUACACCAUUCCAAAGGCAUCUCAUUACCUGCUUGGCACGGUGGAGUCUCGGAGAUCUCAGUUUCUCGCGACGGCGCCCAAGAAAUUUGAUCUGAUCCUCAUGGAUCCGCCCUGGCCUAACCGAUCCGCAAAGAGGAAAAGGGGCAUCUACCAACCGGCGCGUGACGCGGACUCUAUAAGGGACCUUCUUUCCCAGAUUCCUGUCGCAUCGCACUUAUCCGAGGACGGUCUCGUAGCUGUAUGGGUUACGAACUCGGCGCGAGCCGCCGAGCUUCUCACAUGCCCAAAGGGUAUCUUCGAUGAGUGGCAAGUCGAACUGAUCGGCGAGUGGAUAUGGCUGAAGGUGACCACCGGCGGAGAGCCCAUUGUGAGUCUUGAUUGCGCCUGGAGGAAACCGUGGGAACGACUUCUGCUCGCGAGGAAACGUGGAACCGGUCCGGGUGUCAAGAAACGAAGCCCUAUAGAGACCAAGGUCAUCGUAACAGUGCCGGACCUCCAUUCCAGGAAACCCAAUUUACGAGGUUUGUUCGCCGACCUUCUGCCGCCCGAUUAUCAAGCUUUGGAGGUUUUUGCCCGGAACCUGACGGCAGGGUGGUGGAGCUGGGGCGACCAGUGUCUGCUAUUUCAGCACCGUAGUCGUUGGGUAGAACUCGUUGCGGAAAAAGAAGAAGAAAAAGAAGAAGGGCUGCCCGUUCCAUUAAAAGAACGAUGAGGCAAGCAGUAUAGACAACCGGAACGCCUUCUAGUGCUGCUCCCGGUCUACUUCUAUAUCGUAUCCUACAUGUUACACGGUAAAAUCGCAAAUGUCCCGUCCAACAGGUGCGUCAUAUAUCAUACAAUCAGAUUCCCGCCAAGCCAGUUCUAUCCGCUCCAAGAUUAUCGUUUCUUUUUGUAUGAACGAUUAAAUUUUCCCCGCUCUGUCAC